CCUCCUGCCAGCGCCAGGCUCCUCCCCCUCGGCGCGGAUGACACUAGAACCUCCUUAAGUUGCGUCGCGCCACAGCUGUCUGCGAACACUGAGCUGCCUGGCGCCGUCUUGAUAGUUUCAGAAAGAAUGCAUUCCCUGUAAAAAAAAAAAAAAAAAAAUACCGAGAGAGGGAGAGGGAAAGAGAGAAAGAGAGAGGGAGAGAAAGACUGAGUGAGAGAGACACAGAGUGCUACGCAAGCUGACCGGGCAGGUCACACGCCUCCUCCUCCUCCUCCUCUACGCUCCUAGCUACUCAGGUGAUCGAAAGAGCAACCGUCUCUGAGCUUUAAGGAAUCGGUGUGCAGUGUGGCCACACUUGGAUUCCAACGUCCCCUCUCUGUUUCUCUCUCUCUUUCUUUUCCUUUUGCAUUUGGCCCCUUUAUUACGCCGUGUCUAUCAUUUUUUUGGGGGAGGGGGGUCCCCUCUUUUUUCCCUCUUUUUACUUUUUUCUUUCUUUUGCUAAACUAUCCCGCAAAGAUUUUUCUUUACUCCCUAAGCCCUCUUUUUUGCUCAUCCCUUCAAUCCCCUUCACUACAAACAAACCAUUAAACGACCCCUCUCCCGGGCCUCCGACGGCAGAAGUCUGCGGACCUCCCAGGCCGACAGCCCUCCCUCUACACGCGAGGGUUCCGGGCCCGGCGAGAGGGCGCGAGCACAGCCGAGGACAUGGAGGUGACUGCGGACCAACCGCGCUGGGUGAGCCACCACCACGCCACGGUCCUCAACGGGCAGCACCCGGACACGCACCACCCGGGCCUCGGCCACUCAUACAUGGACCCGGCUCAGUAUCCCCUGACGGAAGAGGUGGACGUACUUUUUAACAUCGAUGGUCAAGGCAACCACGUCCCGUCCUACUACGGAAACUCGGUCAGAGCUACCGUGCAGAGGUACCCUCCGACUCAUCACGGGAGCCAGGUAUGCCGCCCGCCCCUGCUGCACGGAUCCCUGCCUUGGCUGGAUGGCGGCAAAGCCCUGAGCAGCCACCACACCGCCUCGCCCUGGAACCUCAGCCCCUUCUCCAAGACGUCAAUCCACCACGGCUCUCCAGGGCCCCUGUCGGUCUACCCUCCGGCUUCAUCUUCUUCUCUGGCCGCGGGCCACUCUAGUCCGCAUCUCUUCACCUUCCCGCCAACCCCUCCUAAGGACGUCUCCCCAGACCCGUCGCUGUCCACCCCGGGAUCGGCAGGCUCAGCUAGGCAAGAUGAGAAAGAGUGCCUCAAAUAUCAGGUGCUACCGGAUAGCAUGAAGCUGGAGGCAUCUCACUCCAGAGGCAGCAUGACCACCUUGGGAGGGGCCUCGUCCUCAACCCACCACCCCAUUACCACCUAUCCGCCCUACGUGCCCGAGUACAGCGCCGGACUCUUCCCCCCCAGCAGCCUGCUGGGAGGAUCCCCUACCGGGUUCGGAUGUAAGUCCAGGCCCAAGGCAAGAUCCAGCACAGAAGGCAGGGAGUGUGUGAACUGCGGGGCAACCUCUACCCCACUGUGGCGGCGAGAUGGUACCGGGCACUAUCUUUGUAAUGCCUGCGGACUCUACCAUAAAAUGAAUGGACAGAACCGGCCCCUUAUCAAGCCCAAGAGGAGGCUGUCGGCAGCCAGGAGAGCAGGGACAUCCUGUGCAAACUGUCAGACCACCACCACCACCCUCUGGAGGAGGAACGCUAACGGGGACCCUGUCUGUAAUGCCUGUGGACUGUACUACAAGCUUCACAAUAUUAACAGACCCCUGACUAUGAAGAAGGAAGGCAUCCAGACCCGAAACCGGAAGAUGUCUAGCAAAUCCAAAAAGUGCAAAAAGGUGCAUGACGCGCUGGAGGACUUCCCCAAGAGCAGCUCCUUCAACCCGGCCGCCCUGUCCAGACACAUGUCAUCGCUGAGUCACAUCUCCCCAUUCAGCCACUCCAGCCACAUGCUGACCACACCGACGCCCAUGCACCCACCCUCUGGCCUCUCCUUUGGACCUCACCACCCUUCCAGCAUGGUCACCGCCAUGGGGUAGAAAGGGGAGAGCCCUGCUCCACAAGCCCAUGGAGUCUGCAAGUCUGCAAAGAGUCCUCCCUCCCCCCACGGCCCCUUCUACUUGCGUUUUUUGCAGGAGCAGUAUCAUGAAGCCCGAAAGCGACAGAUCUAUGUUUUUUGAAGGCAGAGAGCAAAAUGUUUGCUUCUUUUCCAAAAGGAGCUCCGGGUAGUGUCUGUGUUCCAACCACUGAAUCCGGGUCCCAUUUGUGAAUAAGCCAUUCAGACUCAUAUUCCCUAUUUUUAACAGGGUCUCUAGUGCUGUGAAAAAAAAAAUUGCUGAACAUUGCAUAUAACUUAUAUUGUAAGAAAUAUUGUACAUUUGAGGAAGACUUUAUUGUACCUGGAUAGCUGUAAGAAAGGCAUGAAGGACACCAAGAAUUUUAAGGAAUAUAGGGAAAAUAAAGUAUGGAGAUACAGAAGAAACUAAGUCUGAUGUCCAAAUGGGCACACUGUCAAUUUUGUUUCCCUUUAGUUGUUUGAUGCUUAAAAAAAAAUAAAAAUAAAAAAACCAAAAAUUUUAAAAAGGAAAAA